GCUGGCAGAGAGGUUGCGGGCACAGCGGUUUCCAGAGCGGCUUCGACUGGAGAGAGUAGACUGUGCAGGUUCCGAGGCCGACCGAGAGGCUCGGCCAAGCCCGAAGCCCCGGCGUCCGCCUCCUGCGGCGUCCUCGAAUCCGUCGCCAUGAACCCCGCCGUCGUCGUGGUCCACGGUGGCGGAGGCAGCAAUAUCUCCAAGGACCGCAAGGAGCGGGUACGCCAGGGCAUUGUCAAAGCCGCCACCGUGGGUUACAACAUCCUCAAGGAGGGAGGGAGCGCAGUUGACGCUGUGGAAGGAGCCGUGACCGUCCUGGAAGAUGAUCCCGAGUUCAACGCAGGUUGUGGAUCUGUCUUGAACGAAAAUGGUGAAGUUGAAAUGGAUGCAAGUAUCAUGAAUGGGAAAGACCUGUCUGCAGGAGCGGUGUCUGCAGUCCGCUGUGUCGCAAAUCCCAUUAAAGUUGCGCGUCUUGUUAUGGAAAAGACACCCCACUGCUUUCUGACUGACCAAGGUGCAGCAAAAUUUGCAGCAGCCAGUGGGAUUCCAACAAUUCCUGGAGAACAGCUGGUUACAGAAAGAAACAAAAAACGUCUAGAAAACGAAAAGCUCCAGAAAUCAGACUACCAAAAAAACUUGGGGACCGUGGGUGCCGUUGCCGUGGACUGCCGAGGAAAUGUGGCUUACGCGACCUCGACGGGGGGCGUCGUCAACAAGAUGCUGGGCCGCGUCGGGGACACGCCGUGUAUAGGAUCUGGAGGUUAUGCUGACAAUGAUAUUGGAGCCGUUUCAACAACAGGGCACGGAGAGAGCAUCCUGAAGGUGAAUCUGGCCAGACUCACCCUCUUCCACAUGGAACAGGGAAAGACGUUAGAAGAGGCCGCUGACGCGUCGUUGGGUUAUAUGAAGUCAAAAGUCAAAGGUGUAGGUGGUAUCAUCCUGGUCAACAAAGCAGGAGACUGGGCGGUGAAGUGGACCUCCACAUCCAUGCCCUGGGGGGCCGCAAAGGACGGCAAGCUGUACUCUGGAAUUGACCUUGGCGACACCAGCAUCACUGACCUGCCCUAAGUCCCCGGAAGCUGUAUUCUAGAAGCUAAGACUUAGCUUAAUCAAUUAGAUCUAGAAAUGGAAAAUUCUGCAGUCUGUCACUCGUUCUGUUGCCUUGAUCAGUGUUUGGUUGGGGACAGAUUCCGAAGUGAUGUGUGACAUGCCCAUGUUAGGAUCAAAUAAGACUAGUGAAGAUGACAAACUCGCUGAGCCUUCGUCGUGAAUACUCCCCAUCAUCUGAGGUUAGAAAGAAGAAACAGCAUGAUCUUAACAGGACAGAAACAGCCUCAGUGCAGGGAGUGCCUUUUGGAAUUGGGGGACCCACUGCAGUGACAGAGGCUGUAGGCGCGAGGGUGCGGGGGGCCCGGAGGAGAGCAGCGCUCUGGGGCAGGACCCAGUGCUGGGAUGAGGUGGGGGGACAGUGAAGGGGAGACAGGGCAGCAGAGCUCACGGAUUGGUGAGUGAGGCACGUGAACAUUGCAGAGCUCGUUCUGAGCCAGAAGAACGUUAGGUGAAAGAAUCUCUGAGAGAGAAACUGAUUUUUUUUUUUUUUUUUUUUUUGCGGUACGCGGGCCUCUCACUGCUGUGACCUCUCCCGUUGCGGAGCGCAGGCUCCGGACGCGCAGGCUCAGCGGCCAUGGCUCACGGGCCCAGCCGCUCCGCGGCAUGUGGGAUCUUCCCGGAUCGGGGUACGAACCCGUGUCCCCUGCAUCGGCAGGCGGACUCUCAACCACUGCGCCACCAGGGAAGCCCCGAGAAACUGAUUUUUUUAAGAAAGUGCAGAUCUUCUCUGACUUACUAACAUAGGCGUGUUUCCAGAUGCUUUAAGGACCCUCUGGUAACCCCUGGCUCUAAUCUGCUGAUGAAGGGUCGUCAUGGAGACUCUGGAGGCCCUCCAAGUCUGAGGGUUUUCUCAGGCUCACACACGAGCCUGCUCACCUCGUGUUUCCCCCCAGCCAUCCUCCACCUCCCAGACCCCUGGGUCCCCAUCAUGAGUGAUGGGGGUCGUGACCUCUCCGCCUCUGCUACGACAGGGAAGGGCCAGUCAGUGUCGAGAUGACCCUGACUUAAUGGCGUCCAUGACUGUCCAGUGCUGUGGGUUCCCCCAGCUGAACCAAGUGUCCACUGUGGUCAGCGCGGUGAAGAAAGGCAUCUCCUUGGUGGCGAGUAUUCCUAUUAACCUCUUUACACUGGAAAUGGUAUUUUUGCUGUGACAUAUCUGCUCAAUUUUUUAGUCUGUCAGGGUUUACCUUCUCUCUGGAAAGAAAUUGCUUCACUUUAAAUUCCAUGUGCCACUAAUAAAAUGUAUUUUGAAAGAAUAA